AUGCCCCAGCCUGAUGAGUCCCAGAACUAUGAAGACGGUGGAGAUUACGAGGAAGGUUACUACGAGGAAAAUGAAGGGGGAUACCAUGAUCACGAAGCUGAGGAUCCUGCGAUCCCAGAAGAAGAAGUAGACCCCAACCAGGAGGACCCGAAGGUGAUUAAACUGAGACAACAUGUCCUUGAUCAAGAGGCCAGGAUAGCUGAACAGAAAGAAGCCACUCGCCAGAUGCAAGAAUCCCUCCUGCCCCUGCAAGCUUUCAUUGUUGCCCAAGGGUUGGCAGCCAACCCUUCAGUUGUUCUUCCUCCAGGAACACGUCCAUCUGCCCCGCCAGUUAGGGCCAACGUGCCCGAAAACACGAGGUUGAUCCCUCCUCCGAGACAAGAUCCCGAAGUUGACCCAUCUAACCCAGCUCAAGGAAAAGGGAAAGCCAAAUGGGCUAACCCUGUGGGAAAAGCAAACCCCCAGAGGAAAACUCCUCCCGUUCUGAAAACCAGGGCCAACCUAGGGUCACUCCCUAGGAAAUAG